AUGGAUUCUAAAAAUGGACGAUCCUGCCCCACUCGCACUCAAUUCAUACAUCCACGGCACGUUGGUGAUCACAGUCGCCCUAGUCUUGGUAUUCAUGAUCAUCAACGUUUGGUGCCAGGUUAUCAGGCCUUAGUGACGAAGAACAACAACAGCGUUUGCAUCAAAGAGUCCGGCUGGAUCUGUCAUCCAAGAAAUGUCCUCUUCCUCUCUUCAUCCUGGCUCACGACAGACUCGAAAGGACAAAGUGAACAGUGCAGCUCGUGGCUCUUGCAGGUCGUUCUUCGCGCGUGGCAAAGUAUAGAGCUUCUGGGGUUUCAUAAGCAGCACGCACAGACUCUGUUGCUGGAUGGAACUGGAAGAAAUCGAAUCCUGAGUCUACUUGAGCCGGCACAGCUGCAGAGAAUGAGUGCAGGUCUCGCGAUACACCGCAGGUCCACUAGUAGUAUGAUGUAUCCUAACACAAUAAUACCCUGGUACGGCCUUGGUACACCACAUCGGAAACCACCGAUAGUGAACCGCACUGGAAAAAAAACCCUCUUACAAUUCACCAGAGCAGGUCUAAUCUUGAUUAAAGGUUACUGUGAUCGACAACCACCAUGGCUCAAACAAAUGAGAGUUAGGUUUAUUUGCCUUUUGCCUUCUAGUUAUAUUCGCCCUGCUUUGAAUCCAAAGGAGACCAAUGACCACUAUCUCAAUGCUGUUCUUCAAGAGAUAUUAACUUCCGUACAUGCAUCUAUAUACUUAUCGGCACAUUACUUGACUCUGGCUCCUCGGAGACAUACAUCACGCGUUGUACAAAUCUUGCUAAUUGGCACAUGUGCCUAUUCUCUUGAAUUAGGCUACAUAGUAGACGUAGAUUCACCCGGUUCAAAGUACAACACCUCAGAUAUGUGUUUAGCUCACUUGAGAGUGGAUGAUAAUAGUAUAAAAGUGCCUCCUUUUCGCUUGAAUGGUUUGUGCACGGAUAAAGUGCGUAAAGACAUUGUUACAGUUUGA